CUGUCGAACCCUGAUAAUUACACAACCAGUUGGAUCUAUGCUAUCACAACAGAAUACGCUGCUACCCGAACUGUCUUCGACGAAAAGCGCGAAAGGCCAGAGAUAGUCUCUACGAACAAUAAUAACGAGUAUCUAUUUGGCAAAGUUGAGAAACACAACGUUGUCAUCGCCAUCUCGCCUGAUGGAGAU